AUGUCCAUGUAUCCGCAUCGCGCCAUGGGCGCGGUGCCCCCCAAUAACUCGGCCCGGCUCAAUGAGCUCCUCGACCAAAUCAGAUCCGAGUUCGACACCCAGAUGCGCCAGACCGAGGGCUAUGAGCACCAAAUUCAGGCCCAGGUUCAGGAGAUGCAGCUCGUCAGAGAAAAGGUGUACGCGAUGGAGCAGGCGCAGAUGAAUCUCAAGCAAAAAUACGAGGAGGAAAUUGCCAUGCUCCGCCGCCAGCUUGAGGGAGCUCGUGGAAACGCGCCUCCUAGCAUCGGCGGUCCCCCUCCUCAUGCGGGCCCGUCGCAACAGCCCCCCUCCAUCACUCCCGGCACCGGUCUCUUUAACGGCAUCAUGACCGGCGGUGGACAGGGCCAGCUGGCCCCGCCUCCGCCCCCUCCUCCGCCUCAAGAUCAGCAAAUGGGCCCGCAGCAUCAGAUGGCUCAGGGACCUCCAGGCCUGCCUGUCCCGCCGCCACCGCCGCCCCAGUCGCAGCAGCCUUUCCAACAAUACCCCCCGGGUCCUGGCGGCCCCGUAUCCAACGGUCUCGGCUCUCAGCCCCCCCAGACCACCGCGUCGCCGGGUCCUGGCAGACGCGGAAUCGGAAGGCCACCUGCGGCUGUCGGUCCGGCCACACCCCAGAUCAACACUCCCAUCCCUUUCCCGGGCGCCACCCAGUCGCCUCAAGUCAGUCACCCUACUCCCGACCACGCACGGAUGGGGGGUCCCCACGCUCCGCCUGUGGGAAACGCCCUUGGCGAUCUUGACCCUGAUCGCCUGCCUCCUCACUCAAAGAAAUCGGGUCACGACUGGUUCGUCAUCUUCAAUCAACAUGUGCCUCGCAUGUUGGAUGUCGAUCUUGUCCACACUCUUGCGCAUGAGAGUGUAGUCUGCUGCGUGCGCUUCAGUCACGACGGCAAGUACGUAGCCACUGGCUGCAAUCGUUCCGCUCAGAUCUACGACGUUCAGUCUGGCGAGAAGCUGUGUGUCCUUCAGGACGACACUGUGGAUAUUACCGGCGAUCUGUACAUUCGGAGCGUUUGUUUCAGUCCUGAUGGCAAGUAUCUUGCUACUGGUGCUGAGGACAAAUUGAUCAGAGUCUGGGAUAUUCAGACUAGAACGAUUCGCAACACCUUCUCCGGCCACGAACAAGAUAUCUAUUCGCUCGACUUUGCCCGCGACGGUCGCACGAUUGCAUCCGGUAGUGGAGACAGAACCGUCCGCCUCUGGGACAUCGAGCAAGGCACCAAUACUCUCACCUUGACUAUUGAGGACGGUGUUACGACUGUUGCCAUUUCUCCCGAUACCAAGUACGUUGCCGCCGGUUCUCUUGACAAGAGCGUCCGCGUAUGGGACAUUCACCAGGGCUAUCUGCUCGAGCGCUUGGAAGGCCCCGAUGGCCACAAGGACAGCGUUUACAGUGUUGCCUUCUCUCCCAAUGGCAGAGACCUCGUCAGUGGCAGUCUGGACAAGACGAUCAAGAUGUGGGAACUUAGCACGCCCCGCGGCUUGCCCAACCCCGGACCAAAGGGAGGUCGUUGCGUCAAGACUUUUGAGGGUCACAGGGACUUUGUUCUCUCCGUUGCGCUUACACCUGACGCCGCUUGGGUCAUGUCUGGCUCCAAAGACCGCGGAGUGCAAUUCUGGGACCCCCGCACUGGGGCUACGCAGUUGAUGCUUCAGGGACAUAAGAACUCGGUCAUUUCAGUUGCCCCCAGCCCGACAGGCGGCUACUUCGCCACCGGCUCCGGCGACAUGCGGGCGCGUAUCUGGUCUUACCGAAGCGUUCAGUAG